AUGUGCUGGAUUGCUGGAGCGAGGGCGCGGGCGCAUGAGCGUGAGGAUGACAAAAGGUUUAGGGGCUAUCUCGGACUCGACUCUCGAUCCGCCAACCUCUCAUCUCUGCCAUGCUGCAAGUUCCCGCCGAGGCGCAGGGAUGUGCUCGCCUGUGGUCGAUCCUGUCUUGUGAUGCUCCUCGUCCCAGUCCCAGUCCCAGUCCCAUUCUUCUGCGCCCUAGCCUCACUCGUCGAUCCUGCCCUCGUCAACCACUGCGCCCCGUCGAAACAUGUUCCUCCUUCUGCCUCUCCGCCCUCGUCUGCCCUCGCCAUGCCCCCCUCCCUCUUGUGCUGCAUAUUUAGUAUCAUCAAUCUCCUUCCACGUGAGCCCCGUCAGCCGCCGCCGCCGGCCUUCUCCGGUGUCGCCUACCGAAACCAAAGUGGUCCAAUUGACGCCUUGCCUGUCCUCACAGGCCAUGCGAGUGCGUCAUUUCGGUACGGCUGGCGAUCAUCAAGUGGCCCCAGCUGCCGCCUCAGCCUACACUACACCAAUGCUCUUCCUAACAUGGCAAAGCACUACAGGGCCUUGAACAUGCUUCGAGAACCUUUUGCUCCCUUCCAAAUACAGGACCCCCGUACCCUUCCCCCGCCUGAUUCAUGUCACCGCUACCUACCACCAAGACAAUGCGCAAUUAACAGGAUCGCCAUUACCUCUGCUUACAUAUCCAAGUACACACUACAUCUUUCUUCCAUACGCUCCUCUAGCGGCGGCCAAACCGCUGACCAGGAAGCCCCCGCCGCCAACUACCAGCCUGUCCCCCGCCCCUUCUAG